AUGGUUCGGAAGAGGAGGAACAAACGGUAAACGGUUGUGAACGAGUGGUGCGCGAUAGCUGACUGUGCUGCUGCUGGUUGGUUGCUGGAAAUUGGAAGCAAAACACACGCAGCAGAGUAGCAUCAUAUUCUGGUACUGGUGCGGUGGGUGCGACGCGAAGAGAGCAUCAAACAUCAUCAAAGUGGAAUCGUUUCUUUUUUCUUUUCGUCUGUGUGUAAUCUUCAAAGAUAUUUUUCUGCUAAAUUGAACGUCGUCGUUCCAGACCUACGGAAGGAAACGGUCGAUACGCGGAUACGGAGUGAAAUUAUCGUCGUGAGUCAAGAGUGCCAAAAGGGCAGUGUGCAUUGUGCGGAUUGGUAAUCGGGAUUAAGGUGUCGUUCCGUCCGUCCGCGGGGUGCUCUCUGGUGGUUGCGCGAAUUCAAAUAGGCUCGGGUGUUUAUGCGUCACCCAUUUUUAUUUUCUACGGAACAGUCCAUCGCUAGUGGAUUCGCGCAGUGUUUGGAAGUGCUCUGGGCUGGGGUGGGAGGAAUUCCUUCUGAUGUGAUUCGUUCGUGUGUGGCAUUAAUUGAAGAUUGUUCUGACGUGCCGUCUCGGGAGUGCAAUGUCCAUUAGUGUUUAGUGUGUAGAAGAAAAGGGUGCGGAAAGCAAUUAUAAUUGGCUGAUUGGGUCGGUUGCUUGUCGUGGAAGAACGAUAAUUUCGUUGGCUUCGAAUCUUCUGUGAAUUCAUCGAUUUUAUUACUGAAGCAGAUUUCAACGAUUGUGCAGGAUGUCUUCACUCUCGGCUAGCGCUGAAAACCUGUCCAGCGACCAGGUAAAUACGAAUAACGAUGGAUCUUCAAUGUGCCUGGAAUUGGCCCUGGAAGGUGAACGUCUGUGCAAAUCUGGAGAUUGUCGUGCUGGAGUGGCAUUCUUCCAGGCGGCAAUCCAAGCCGGAACCGACGACCUGCGGACACUGAGUGCCAUAUACAGUCAGCUGGGAAAUGCCUAUUUCUAUCUCGGAGAUUACACCAAAGCGAUGCAAUACCACAAGCACGACCUCACGCUGGCCCGCUCGAUGAACGAUAAGCUAGGCGAGGCCAAAUCUUCCGGCAAUCUGGGCAAUACGCUCAAGGUGAUGGGUCGCUUCGACGAGGCUGCGAUCUUCUGUCAGCGACACUUGGCCAUUGCACAGUCCCUCGGCGAUCGACUCUCGGAAGGCCGCGCCUUGUACAAUCUGGGCAAUGUAUAUCACGCCAAAGGCAAACAGCUGGGUCAAAAAGAUCCGGGAGAUUUUUCCGACGAAGUGAAAGAAUCACUCAUGCAAGCCGUUGAAUAUUACCAGCAGAACCUGACACUUAUGAAGGAACUGGGCGAUCGGGGAGCUCAGGGACGGGCCUGCGGAAACCUGGGAAAUACUUAUUACCUUUUGGGAAACUUUGAAACUGCCAUCGAACAUCACCAGGAGCGGUUACGGAUUGCGAGGGAAUUUGGCGACAAAGCAGCAGAACGGCGCGCAAACAGCAACCUGGGAAAUUCUCACAUAUUUCUUGGCCAAUUUGAGCAAGCAGCAAAUCAUUACAAGCGUACUCUAUCCCUUGCAAUGGAAUUGGGCGAACGAGCGGUGGAGGCGCAAGCCUGCUACAGUCUAGGGAACACCUACACCCUGCUGCGGGACUUCCCCACGGCAAUCGACUACCACCAGCGCCACCUGGCGAUAGCUCAGGAACUGGGCGAUCGCAUCGGAGAAGCCCGGGCCUGCUGGAGCCUGGGCAAUGCCCACUCGUCCAUCGGUAAUCACGAAAAAGCACUCCACUACGCCAACUCGCACCACAUACUGGCCCGGGAACUCGGCGAUGUGGUGGGCGAAAAUACCGCCAAAAUGAACAUAUCGGAUCUAAGGAAAAUACUCGGUCUACCGGAAAUGCCCGCGGAGGGCAGCGGCUCCGGAAUGGCCAUCGAGAAUGAUACUCUCCAGGAACUGCCCGGCAAUCAAAAUACUCAGCACGGGGCGUUGAAAUCCGGAUCGGGAUUGCUGUCCAAACAGUACCGCGUGCGGCGGCAGAGCAUGGAACAGUUGGACCUGAUCAAGCUGACGCCGGAUGGCAAGAAGAUGGUAAAUACUGCACACGAGAAGCAACACUUGAUCGGGCAACAUCAACAGCAACAGCAGCAGCAACACCAUCAUCAAGCGCAAAAGCUAAGCAACAAGCAGAACGAGAACAUUUUCAAGAACAACGACGAAGAUUUCUUUGAACUGUUGACCAGAUCGCAGAGCAAACGGAUGGAUGAUCAACGGUGCACGUUGAAGUUGACUCACGCGGAAAGCGUCGACUCGGCUAGGAAACCGUUGACGCAACAUAACAGCAAUGCGACCACUGCAGCAGCUAAGGAUAACAGAAACGCCCUGCUGGAGAUGAUUGCCGACUUCCAGUCGGAACGUAUGGACGAACAGCGAGCGCUGCUGCCGGGGCUGAAACGAAUAUCACUUAACAACGCAACGAACCGUCCGGGUAUGAACAACUCAGGGUCCGACAGUCUCCCAUCGACUCAGCAGCCACCGCAGCUCCCACCGACAUCGGAUGGAAUCGGUACACCGCCGGAUGAUGCAUUCCUGGAUAUGCUGAUGCGAUGCCAGGGUUCGAGAAUUGAAGAACAACGUUCGGAACUGCCGACGCCCAACAUCACUAUGGACGCUGAAGCUGGAGGUGGCCGAAGGGCACCAACGAUGGGUAAUCCCAACAGCGGAGCCACAGUCCCAGAUGAAGAUUUCUUUUCGCUCAUCAUGCGCCUCCAGGGCGGCCGCAUGGAAGACCAACGAGCUACGGUACCUUUGCACAGCAACAACAACAAUAACAGUCGUAUCAACAACAACAACAAUCAAAAUUACAACAGCAACAACAGUAGUAAUAAUCACAACAAUGGAGCUGUUGGUGGUAGCGCUAGUAGCAAUAGCAGUAGUAGCAGCAGUAGCAACGGAACCAAUUCGAAUAAUAGUCAAAACCAAAGUUCAAACAAUGGCGGAGGGAAGGGAAUGAAAUGAUUUUACUCGCUAGAUCGGGUUUGAAUUGGAACUUGUUGGUGAUUGUUACGAAACGGAAAUUGUAAACCUGACGUUUGUUGCGCUUGCCGGCACUCUGUUUCAGUGCGCUUCCUAGAACCUUUGUAGCAGGAUAGAAGCACUCUGAAGAGCUGCUGGGUGUAUGCUUAGAUACCUAUUAUGUAUAUUAGCGGUAGGGAUUAUACAAUCUAUAUAAAAACUAGAGAUACCAUGGGGAUUUUUUUCAACAUCGCGCAAAAUUGGGCUUUUUUAACAAAUUUCAUAGAACCUUUUGACUAGACACAUGCGAUAACAAGAAAUGAAAUCCCCACAAACCACGUCGAUAUCAAAAAACGAUACAUAGAAAUCGAUCCGCGCCAUAUUUUCUGUCUCUUCUGCACUCUGGAUGUUUGCAUGUACGUGUGUUUGUUUUCUCGAAGAGAUAAAAUGUUGUACUGAUGAUUUAGUGCUAAUUUUGAAACUGCAGCUAUGUAUAAGUAUAUCCCUCCGAUGUGAAUUUGUAAAAACAAAACAAUGAAUCUUCUAGAUUUUUAAAUAGAAAUUCGUCGCAUGUAAUUUCACUUUUUGUACAUAGGAAACAAAUUAAGUUUUCAAAUGAGUGCGUCUUUUAUAAUAUAUUUUCGACCGAGAUUUAUUUUUCUAUACAUCGAAUUAUUUUACGGUAUUUUUUUACAAUAAAAGGAAUCGAACAAAUACAAAACACAAGACUAAAACCAACCUCUUGGAUAGUUUUUUCGAGUGCGAUAAGUAUUUUUCCCAUCAUAAAAAACAUUUAACAAUAUUAGAUGGUGACACCGAUCCUCGAAAAGUGAGACCCACUAGAGCAGGACGGUGUUAUCCUAAUCUUUAAGAACCGACUAGAAUGACCAAAAUGACCUUUUAACAAUCAGCGCGCUAUGGCUGAACUUUCCAAUACGAUGAUAAAAUAUGUAUUAUUGAAACUUAGAAUAAGCUUAGUGAGCAGGAACGAACAUCAGCCAUUUAUAUACUUCUAGAGGUGAUAAAGUCCAGAAAACACAGAAACUGCAAAACCUUUUCUCGAUAUUAAGGUGUGAAUUCCGCUUGACAGCCAGUCCCUACAAGUAUAUUUCUACAAGACAAGGGCUGGCAUUGGCAUAGAUGAACUAUUACAGAGAAAAUUAGAUUUGACAUUUACUUGAAAAUCAUAACUAUUAAACUUUGCUUUAACCCAUGCUACUUACUUCUUGAGCUAAAAUUCGCUUCUUCGAAUAAUCGCUGAAUGAAGAAUCCAAUCUUUUCCAGUCUCCCUGAACAUUAGACCUUAGGUCCUCUUUAACUACAAACAGUAAUUGUGAAUGUGUGACCUUCCACGGAGUCGCCGUUAUUUACCAAAUAUUAUAUUCAUCUGUAAUUCUUCCGACAUCCGUGCAACGUGACCAGCGGAAUUCCAUCUAUGAAAUUUAUUGCAAUACUCUGUUGUACAACUUCCCUUACUAGAAUGUGUGUGCGUGCACUAACAGUGCCGCCAAUGAUCAUUGCAUUUAACACUAAAGAAAAUUCACAAAAUAUGAUAAGGCUUUUGUUCCCCCAAAGCUGCACGCACUUAUUGCUGCUAGCAGUGCUGUCAAAUCUUCCAAUAUAUUUAACUCUUAAAUUGUAAAAUAUAACAUUGAAAUCAAAUUAUAACAUAUACAAUCUACUAAAUUAUAACUACUAACAAAUGAGACAAACGUGUGAAUUUCUAGCAACUGAAUAAAGAAAACCUAAACCGAAAAUAAAAACACACCUCACAACGCUAGCGAAUUGCGUGAAAACUAGAAUGAGUGUUGGUUUGAAUCAUGCCAAUAAAUAACCGCAUGAGUUGGAAAUUGUUUCUUUCAAUUUCAAUUAGUUAGCAGAGAAACGAUUUGAUAUUUGCUGGGUGCAUUUCAGUGGCACUGGAAGCCACGCUAACUAGACGAAUUGUUUCAUUUUUCGGUGUUAUGUGUGAAUUUCAAGUAUACCUUCAUUCCUGUUUGUGAUAAUGCUUCAUUAGCAGUUGGAAAACAAAAAAUAUUACAAUUUAGUGGAUAUUUAGGUGGUCCCAAUCAUUUACUUUUUCGGUCGGUAUAUUUAGUUCUGUAAGUAGUAGUGUCCCAAGAGGGAAGAAACGUGAGCACGUAAGUCGAAGUACUUGAAAAAAAAAUGUUGAAAGUUCAAACAUGUUUUAUCUUACAAUAAAUUCUUGUUAUGUCCGAUCCUAACAGUCUGAUUAACGAAAACAAAAUAUAUAUGAAGCAUCUAAA